GCGAAUGAUACUGUAUAAACGGUUUUACCCAAUGAAAGACAAUCAAAGUGACUCGUUGUUAUAUUGUCAAUUAAAUUCAGGCAAUGGGUAGAUGGAAUAUAAAUAUAAUGACACUGUCUGCAUUCGCUACUCGUGUAACUUUUUUUUUAGAUGUGGUGGCUAAGGGAGGUACAGUAUCAAUUGCAUUGUAACACCGCCAUCUAGCGGACAUUAGUAAUCAUUUCACUUCGAAUCGAAAUCGUGUUAUUAUUAUUAUUAUUAUUUUUAAAAAGGCAGGAUAUUUACACGACCAAUUUUAUACCGGACAGUGUACCAAUAUUUUCUCAAGCCCAAGCCAGAUGUUUUUCAAGUAAAACGGUAAAAGGUUGUACGUUAUACUUUCCUGUCGCCAAGUACUACAUUUCCCAUCAUGCCCUCGGAGCAAAGAUGCAAAAAAGAAAAAUAGCUUUGCACGUCAGUGUACUUGUUUACUUAAACAAUAUUUAGAUUCUGAAUUAUUCCGUUCAUGGCAAUUAAAAAAAUAAAAAUAAUUAGCACACCCCUGGUCGACAGCACUUCACUUCCCAUCAUGCUCUUCGCGUAGGUGACGUCAAGUACGGGCAAGUGGCGCGGGACGGUUGAAAAACUCUCAGCUAACUACGAAAGACACGUUUGAAUGUUACAAUUCGACUGACAUUUUGGGGCAUAUAGAACUUUUAGAAUAACCCGUCAGCUGUUAAACCAACGACGGGGAGUUUUACGUUUACUUUUCCAAGUAAGCGCUAAAUGCAAUUGUUCGCUCGCUCGACGUGAAAUUGGGUGGUGGCUAAUGCUAACACAAACUUUCGUUUCUGCUAACACCGCUAACGUGUCAAAUAGCUGUUCUUUACAUCAUGUCAUUUGCUCGAGGCGGAUGUCGGACCCAACAUGGCAAGGGCCUGAAAAAGGCCCUUCGCCCCAAGAAGACAGCACCUCCUCCCAAAAGAGAGUGGGUGAGCACCAUCAGUGACCUGUCCGUGCACAAGCUGACCCCCGCAGAGCUGGACCAUCGGCGUGAGAUCCGCAAGUCGCACAACAAGGCUGCCGCUCAGUGGGAGGUGCGGGAGAAAGCUCUGAAAGCUCGCCUCAGGCAGGCUGGAUGUAGUCCUCUGGAUAAAGCCAGUCAAACAAUCAUCAGAGAGGUGUUUUCUGACAAGCUGCUGCUGCAGGAUGUGCUGGCCCGCUCCGACAGAGCCUUGGCUGUAGUCAACGACCUGUUUGGAGACUCACCGCGCAGGCAGACUGGACAUCCCAGUGUGACGGUGGCCCCAAACUUGGACUCUCCAUUUUUCCAGAGCUCCACCGGCCUUUCACCUCUCAAUGACUCCAUGGUGGAUCAACAGGCUGUUCUUGAACCAGACGACGACGACAACUAUUACUACAGUGAAACUAGACGACUACUCCAGAGUAAAAUUCAGGUGAAGAAUAAGAUGGGAGGGCCCCAGCGUCAAAGAAUUCGUCCCGGUGUUUCUGAGCGCAGAUUUGCAAGUCCUCAAACUCCCUGCGCACCAGCCCAAACUGCGCUAAAUGCCACGGCAGCAGUCCAGCGUUUACGGUCCAGACGCAACCAUUCGGAGGAAGCCGUGGAGGAUCCUUCCUUCCUGGUCUCGCAAGUCCUCAACCCUGAUCUUUCUCCCAGGCUCCCAGGCAGCUGUCGCUCAGCCAGGACCAGGAAGCGCGCCUGCAAGACGCCAGAGCCGAACGGGUCCUCCGAGGCCUCUCUCGGCACGGAACCGUCCGGCUUGGGUCUGCUGCAGACCAUGCUGGCCCAAGUGGAGCUCGACUUGGAUUCCUUGAGCCCGCAAACAUCGACACAGAGUCGCCAACGCUCAGCACAAGGCUUCACUGGCUUUUCCGUAGCUUUGGUCUCCAAUCUCGCACGCCUGGUUCAGCUGCUCAAAAACCGAGAAAAUGACGCACAGACUGCCAUUGAGGAGAAACAAAAGCUCGAGGAGAAGCUGAAAGAGCAACGAAGCUUGAUUGACGCUCUCACUGCAGAGACCAUGAUUUUGAGAGAGGAGACAUUCUCACUGAAGGCAGAGUUGCAGCAGCGGACAGCCGACCUGGAGAGGAAGCUGGACUCUGUGGUGUCGGCAAUGGCGACGCACAUCAACCAACCACGAGGCUCGGAUGUCAUCGCUCCAGUUCCACAGCCCGUUGCCGAGCGACCGCCAGUUUCCGUAUCUCCCGCCAUCCGACUCUCCUCACCUGGACAGGGAGAUGCCUUGCAGCCAGUUCCUGAGACAGAUCAGGUUGCCUACAAGGAACUCCGAUCCCCCAGCUCGGCGUCCAGUCUCGUCAGCCUGCCUCUCGCCAGCCUCCCCCUGACGUUGCGACUCUCUCCCGACGCCUUGGAGGCCAAGAUCGCCAAGCUCUGCCACCUCAGGGACGUGAUCGCCGAUGCCCAGAGUAGCGUUGGCGGGUCGCCCGGCAACGGCGGCACGGCGAAGCAGAAGCGCUCGGCUUCCGUCGGCACAGGCACAGUGACUCCUGACAGGACUUCGCCGGGGCCUGAGAGCUCUGCAGGGCUCGGUCAACACGUCAGACAAGUGACCCAUCAGGGGACUCUGAAUAAUAACAGCGUGAGCGAUGUGCAACAGCGCCUCCUGGAGGUCAACAGGAAAAGCGCAGCAGCCAGAGGCCGAUUGCUGGAUCUGAUCGAGCAGCAGAAACGAACCCUUUCUGCCAGAGUGUCUCCGUCCGUCUCCCCCGUGCCCCCCUCGGCCUUCAGCCCGAGAACGUCAGGUGGGAGUGGAAGCAUGGACGGAUCCCUCUUGAAACCAGCAGAUGACAAACGAUCAGCCGGUUCGCAAGCUUUUUCUCGGCAUUAUGAAGAGGCUCAGAGGGAUGGAAGCACGCCGCAAACACAAAAGCAGCAAGUACAGGACAGCUGCUUUGCUCUGUCAGCACACGUAUGAUGACAAGGAAAGCACAUAUUUCAAUGUUUUGCUUUGAUCGCAAAUAAAUAAAUUGUCUUUCUUGCACUCAA